GAGCUGGAAUCUCUCUCUCUCUCUCUCCUGUUAAAUGCCAAAAACAUGGCGGGACUGUCCUCUUUGUCAGCCGAACCGACCAUGCUGUCAUCAACGCGGCUUUUCCUUUCCCUUUCCCUUUCCCUUCAUCUUAUCCACGUGCUUGUACAUAGAUACUAUUAGUGCAAAAUACAGGACUCACCAGAAUUCCCACCACCAGGAAUAUUCAUAUAUAUUCUUUGGCACUCUGUUGUCUGAUCGAGCUUUCACUGAACAGAAAAUGGCGAAGCUCUGUUCUACGAAUCCCACACCCGUUAAAACCCGUCUUAUUCUUUGCACUAUCUUAUCGACGGUAUCGAUAUUGGCCACACUUGUUUCUUCAGCGGUUGCUAAUAAUGUGUCGUACGACCGUCGCUCUCUUAUCAUAAAUGGCCAGCGGAAGCUCCUCAUCUCUGCUUCCAUUCACUACCCUCGCAGUGUCCCUGCGAUGUGGCCAGGAUUGGUUCAAACUGCAAAAGAAGGAGGUGUGGAUGUUAUUGAGACCUAUGUGUUUUGGAAUGGUCAUGAACUUUCACCAGACAAUUAUUAUUUUGGGGGCCGAUACGAUUUGGUCAAGUAUGUCAAGAUUGUUCAGCAGGCUGGCAUGUACAUGAUUCUUCGAAUUGGUCCAUUUGUGGCUGCUGAAUGGAACUUUGGUGGAGUACCUGUUUGGUUGCAUUAUGUGCCUGGGACUGUCUUCCGGACUGAUAAUGAACCCUUCAAGCAUUACAUGCAGAAGUUCGUGGCUUUCAUAGUGGACCUUAUGAAGCAGGAGAAGCUUUUUUCAUCACAAGGUGGUCCCAUCAUUUUGGCCCAGGUAGAAAAUGAGUAUGGAGACAUGGAGAGAAAUUAUGGAGAUGGAGGGAAGCGAUAUGCCUUGUGGGCCGCCAACAUGGCUGUUUCCCUAAAUACAGGUGUACCUUGGAUAAUGUGCCAGCAGUAUGACGCUCCUGAUCGUGUGAUCAAUACAUGUAAUUCAUUUUACUGCGACCAAUUCACACCAAAUUCUCCAAACAAGCCCAAAAUGUGGACUGAAAAUUGGCCUGGAUGGUUCAAAACCUUUGGGGGUAGAGAUCCUCACAGACCACCUGAAGAUGUUGCUUAUGCGGUUGCUCGUUUUUUUCAGAAAGGGGGUAGCUUGCAAAAUUAUUACAUGUAUCAUGGUGGGACAAACUUUGGUCGCACUUCAGGAGGCCCAUUCAUUACGACAAGUUAUGAUUAUGAUGCACCUAUUGAUGAGUACGGGUUACCUAGGCUUCCCAAGUGGGCACACCUAAAGGACCUUCACAGGGCUAUAAAGUUAUGUGAGCAUGCACUUCUGAACAGUGAGCCAAACCUGCUCUCACUAGGUCCAUUACAGGAGGUGGAUGUCUAUGCAGAACCUUCUGGUGCCUGUGCUGCCUUUAUUGCUAACAUGGAUGAUAAAAAUGACAAGAUAGUUCAGUUCCGGAAUAUGUCGUAUCACCUGCCAGCAUGGUCUGUUAGCAUAUUGCCAGAUUGCAAAAAUGUGGUGUUUAACACUGCAAAGGUUGGGUCUCAAACUUCUAAAGUUGAGAUGGUACAAGAGAAUUUGCAGCCAUCAUCUCCAUCAGUAGAUGGAGACAUAAAAGGACUUCAAUGGGAAAUAUUUGUGGAGAAAGCUGGGAUUUGGGGAGAAGCCGAUCUUGUUAGAAACGGGUUUGUUGAUCACAUCAAUACCACGAAGGAUACUUCUGACUACCUAUGGUAUACAACAAGUUUUCAUGUUGGUGAGGAUGAAGAGUUCUUGAGGGACGGAAACCAGCCAAUACUCAUAGUUGAAUCAAAGGGUCAUGCUGUCCAUGCUUUUGUGAAUCAGAAACUUCAAGCUACUGCGUCUGGAAAUGACUCUGUAUCAACCUUCAAACUUCAGUCACCCAUUUCUCUAAAGGCAGGGAACAAUGAAAUUGCUCUUUUAAGCAUGACUGUCGGGCUACAAAACGGAGGACCAUUUUAUGACUCGGUUGGAGCCGGCUUAACUAGUGUGCAGAUUUCGGGUUUCAACAAUGGACCAAAGGACUUGUCAAUAGUUAAUUGGACCUACAGGAUUGGAUUGGAAGGAGAACACCUAGGUAUAUAUAAAGCUGAUGGUUUGAGUAGUGUAAAGUGGAUAUCAACUUCAGAACCACCAAAGGAACAGCCUCUCACAUGGUACAAGGCCAUUGUGAAUGCUCCACCCGGAGAUGAACCUAUUGGAAUUGACAUGAUUCAUAUGGGAAAAGGACUAGCCUGGUUGAAUGGAGAAGAAAUUGGAAGAUACUGGCCUAGAAAAAGCUCUAAACAUGAUGAGUGUGUUCAGCAAUGUGAUUACAGAGGCAAAUUCAGCCCCAACAAAUGCAGCACUGGGUGUGGAGAACCAUCACAGAGAUGGUACCAUAUUCCAAGGUCUUGGUUCAAACCAUCUGGAAACAUUCUGGUGGUCUUUGAGGAGAAGGGUGGAGAUCCUACAGAAAUUCGAUUCUCAAGACGGAAGACCACAGGUUUUUGUGCUAUUGUUUCUGAAGAUCACCCCACCUUUAAACCUGAAUCUUUGGAUCAAGAUGGAACUCAGGACUACAAGAACAAUGUUAUAGUCCAGUUGAAGUGCCCCAUAAAUACUCGCGUUUCCACUGUAAAAUUUGCUAGCUUUGGAACUCCUUCAGGGACUUGUGGGUCUUACACCACUGGUGACUGCCAUGAUCCCAGAUCAAAUUCUGUGGUUGAAAAGGUUUGCCUAAAUAAAAAUAAAUGCACAGUGGAAUUGACAGAAGAGAGCUUCAACAAGGGAUUGUGCCCGGGCACAAUUAAGAAACUUGCAGUUGACGCAAUUUGCAACUGAGUAGCCAAUUUAUCUAUUUAUUUGAUUUGAUCACACGAAAGUUUAAAUUGUUUUUCUGUCAUGGCCAUUAAGUUCACCAAAAUUCAUCUAUAUAUAGGCUGAGCAGGGUCCCUAUUGUCAUUUUAGUCCUUUUUAUUGUUGGUAAUCGAGGUAUAAUAUGUUGAAUAGCUGUUAAGCAUAUUUGUGCUAACUUACGCUCCA